AAUCAACAGACGAACAAAGUCGAAGUUAAUGAGCCUCCGUUGGUGCAGACCAAUGGUUCACUCAGCCGUUCUGGACGAAGAAGAUCUCCUCGAAGUCAGCCAGUCUACUCGGAGACCUUCGGCAUGCAGCAGGGCCUCUUGGCUGUGGGCAAUCUGGCGGCGGCUUUUGUCCUGACCAGUUCGGCCCAACGUCAAGAACUGGAUUUGCAGCAGCACAAACGGCCGAGGCAACAGGGACUCGAACAGCGGCGCACUCCGUGCUCGUCGGUCUCUGUCGUGACUGGCGGUGGUGACGAUUGGAGGACUCAGAAGGCUGCCUGGCAGAAGGUGGGAGGGUACGAUCCGGCGCCAGAAGUGUCGAGACUGGCGACGCUUGACGCCGUUCCUGGAGCCGAAUCGUCAGCCAAUCGAGUUGCUGCCUCGUGCCCUCAAGUCUCCGACUCACCGUCCGAGGCAGCUCGGGCCGUGCUGUACCAUAACAGCGCCAGAGCCUGCUUAAAUCCCUCCAGACUCGAGUGCGGUGAUGAGUUGGCAGAGAAAAUGACAUCGAAAAGGAAGAAAGACAAUACAUUCGACGAGGAGAACGACGGUUCCGGCAGGUCACAGACGCACUGGAUCUCCGAAUCAGACAUCUCCGGCUGGAGUAUGCCUCCGCCUGAAGACCCGAAGAAGGUUAGGGGGACCUUCUUCGGUCGCCAUAAACGCGACAGUGCAGACAUCGUAAGUUUCAGUGUUAGUGGUUGCGUUCGCUUUCAAUUCGAGCGAAGUCUUUCAGAAGUGGGUUGA